AUGAACUUCCGCAAUCCACACCUGUCACCGAUUGUGGCUGGCAUCUUAUACGGGCUGUCUCUCAUCCUCUUCAUCGAUGGCAUCGUUCUUGCCCAGCAGGAGCCCAACAAAGCGAAUCGUUUCUCCUUUUUGCACUGUGUCCCCGCCAUCUUCUCCACUGUGGGUCUCCUUCUUCUCCAUCUUGUGUCCCCGUCUGAGGUAAAGGAGGGCGAUGGGCGCGGCCGCAUGUUGCUCUUCAUGUCAUGGCUUACUAUGAUUGGGUCUAGCGUUGGCGCCCUCGUCGUUCUCUUCUUCUGCUAUACAGGCAAGCAGACACGCACUCGCACCAUGCCAGGAGUGUCGGUCCUACUGUACACGUGCACAGCGCCCAUCAUCACGUCUAUGCUGUGGUGGGGCCGCCGCGUAGUCGACGUUGGCGAAUGGUGA